AUGCAAUUUUUCCAGUGGGCAGACAAAACUUUAUCGCAAAAUAAAGUAAUACCAUUUCCCGAGGAAGGUCUUGCAUAUCUAGAACGUCCUCCGCCAAGUGAUCCUGUAUUAAGUAAGUUUCAUGAACAAUUAGUAAAAUUUAUCAAACAAUUGAUUCCUACAAAAGCAGAUGUAAACGUUAGACAGUAUAUAGUUGACCAAAUUUGUGAUAAAAUUAAGAAAUCAUUGCCAUGCCCUAAAGAUAAUAAAUUAAUCGUUUUACCAUGCGGUAGCUGCAUGAGUGGUACAUUCCUUCCAAACGCCGAUAUAGAUUUUGCAAUUUUCUACUACCCAAUUCCAUGCAAUCCUGUUAAUAUAAUGCAACAACUACAGACUUCACUUGCAGAGUUUGCUUUAGAUGGAUUUAAUCCCCUUCCGCAAGCAAAAGUACCUGUGCUUAAAUUCAUGACCAAUCCAGGCAUUUCUAUCGAUAUAUCUUUUGAUGAAUUGCACGGACCAUUAUGUGUACAGACAAUUAGAGAAAUAUUUAGAACUAUACCAUGCAUUCUUCCAGCACAAAUAUUUUUGAAGGCAAUGCUGAGAAGAAACAAACUUGAUCAACCAUUUUUAGGCGGAAUAAGUUCUUAUACACUACAGUUAAUGAUUUUAGCUUACGUUCAAUACGCUGGCGAACCAGAUAAUAUUACUGAUCUUAUAGUUGGUUUUUGCAAUUUUUAUGGAAAUAUAUUUAAUUUUACGCUUACAGGAAUAGACGUUACAGAAGGCGGGCAAUUCUUUUCUCGCGCUGAAGAGAAUAAGCUGUCUCCGGACACUCCAUCAGCAAUGUAUAUACAAGAUCCGCUGAAUAGUAACAAUGUCCUUGGUCACAACGCGUUUAAGAUGAAUGAAAUUAGAGAAGAACUCAGAGUGGCCCACCAACAGGUUAUUUCCGGCAACGGAGAAGAAUUAAUUAAUACUUUGUUAGGAGAAAUUAUAGAAAUACAUACAAUACACGACGUGAUACGCGAGUAUGCAAUGGAUAAGGAUAUUUCACUCGAAUAG